AUGGUUGAAGAGGCGCUCCGAAUAUUUGCCAAGCAGAAUCUUGGGGAUGAAGAAUAUUACCCAAUUUAUCAAGGAGCGACACGUGAAAUACGAGUACUUGCGCUAAUGGCAAAAGAGGAAAGAAAUGUCUUGCUUCGUCCGUUCAAAAAGAAUAAGUUCACCAUCCUUGCAGAAUUGGCAGCGUACGUAGAGCAAAGCAAAAGAGAAGAACUUCUGGGUGCUUUGUCCAGAGAGAUUAGAAAAGAAGAAUCGUUAGAGCUGAAAAACGACGAAGACGACGAGGAAGAUGACGAUGACGAUGACUACGAACCUAGAAGGUAAGAUCAUUGAUGAAUGCUCAUUAGCGUUUUGACUGUGGGUCAUAAAAAUGCCGAAUUCGCCGAAAAAAGGAAAAAGGAUGUGGAAAAUGACUAGUCAAUAUUGGGCUCUUAUGACGUUACCGCAUGCCAACUCGAGGAAGCCCCCCGGUUUUUGGUACCUAAUGAAGACGAUGGAAGCUGGAAGUUACCAGCCAUAACAAUGUCCAACGAUUUCAACGUUGUCUUUUCUUUUUGGUGUUAGUUUUCCUUUUUUUUCCAAGUAAUCCUCAGCCGACUAAGGAUCAUAUCUGGUCCAAAGCAUUUACAUUUUCCCUUUUUCCGUUUUCCCAAGACAUAUACAUAACAAGCUCUUAAUUAACAGCCAUGGACCGCGGAGACCAUUUUAAAGUGGUAGGGCUAAAAAAUCUGGCCAGUACAAGAAAACAUUAAGGUGAGCGUUUCGCCACUUAAAUUGCACUUGCGCGCCAUCCUAUUUACAGCCUUAAUGAAUGUAACAUAAAGGUCCACACGUGCUAUACUAUCCAAUAUAGUCAAUAUGUUAAAUAAACCUACUUAAGAUUGCUACUUGUUGAAGUUGCGGUUCUCAUUGCGGAAAAGAAACUCCUGUGCAACCCUAUAGAGACACUGUCUGUUCAUUACUAGGUUGCUAAACCUUUCGCGAUCCAUCCUAUGGCCGUGCAGAUGAGAAUAAACGCUCCCCAGUAUAGUAGCGCUGGUAGCAGGAUUUACAGCAAGCAGCUUACAGAUAUUUUGUUCUGCUUCUGGAAACUUUGAAAACUGCCAACAGGAUUUCGUCAAAACACGAUGUCUUCUCUUCAUUUAACAUAUCUUCCAAAAUGCUUAGUUGUCCAGGUAGCGCCCAUGUAUCAACAUUUUAGCCUGCGAACGGCAGACGUUUCUCCUCGCUCAUCGCCGCUGAGGGACGUGUCGCAAGGAGAAACGUCUACCGUUCGCAGGCUAUCAACAUUUUUGCUGUAUGAUGCCUCAAGAAUCUUGAACUCUGCCUCAUAGUCGUCACCAUUACCAGCUUUAACCAAGAAAGUCUCCAUCUGGGCGUAGGAGCUGAAGCUUUCCUGAUUAAAGCGCUGAUCGAAGGCACUAACGAUAAGAUCAAUAGCCUCGUAAUAGACCUUUCUUAAAAGUGAUCUUUAGCAGUUUGGAAAAAUAGCUUAGGUGCACCAACACCAACCUCCAGUCUGGCCGGAGCGCGUCGCUUUCUUAGGAGCGUCGGUUCGCCAACCAGGCGAGCAAUGGUCAAAGCUCUGAUCAGUGCGCUUUUAUGUGAGCGUCUCGUUUGUGACAUCCGAGCCUUUGACGUGAGGUAAAUAUGCAAGAGUAGACGCCAUUUAUUACUUUCAAGUUGAAAAAUCCAUACUUUUUCCAUGUCAACUGGAGCGCUAGAUAAUAAAUCCAAGCAAUAAAAGUGGUAGGGCUAUAGCCCUACCAGCCCCUCCCCCUCCGCGGUCCCUGACAGCUGAAACAGCGAGCUGAGGAUCGGUUUUCAGGAGACGUUUACCGAUUGUAAGGCCAAUGGACGAGUUUGCACGACGAGAGCCUUCAGUUUCUAGAGCAUCGUAUAAUGACAGUGUUUUUCUCUCUUUAAUUUAGUGAUAUAGACGUUGGAUUUGAUGUAGAAGGUGUUGCGAGUGCGACGAUUAAGAUUAACAGAGAACUUGGAAAGCUGAAACUGGGAAAAAUAGACCGAGAGUACAUACGAGACCCGGAGUUACGUGCUAUAUUGGCCAGUACAGAACUGGACAUCAACAUAUUUAAACCGUAUAUUGAUCGCAAACUGCGUUUGAUAACUUCAGUGGUUUACAGCGAGCAUUUUGAACUCAAAGGCAGAAGACGUCUUGAGGUAUUUAAACUUAACUUUGUUAGAAACAAGAUUGAAGUACGUCGAUCUAACAGCUCAUUCCAUCGGAACUUUUCCGAAAAAAGUUGUUCUUUCCGACGAUUUUCUCAUGUGCGACCUGUUUCUUUGCAACCACAGAUCACGGCGCGCGAUCUAUGGUAGAACAUAUAGCGAAAUAGCAUUAGUAACACAAUCUCAAAAACUAUGGAAGCCGUAGGCAUGUAAUCCGGCACUCUAAGACAAGCAGAGUUAAUGUUUAUUACUACUAUUAUGAACGCAUUUUUACCUAAAAUAUUGUGUAUUGUCGUUGUUGUAGCAGAAGACGGCGAAUUGUAGCGAUUUAAAGGGUGUUGCACACACUUCAAAUCGCUAAAAUUCAUUUUUGCCACAUUCACCAAAAUGUUUGUGUGGGCCCCUGUGAACAAUUGAGAAGACUGAGGCUUGGAGGACAUAAAUAACUGGCAUUUGAGUUUUACCUCUAACAUGUCCUAGUCUCUUGUUUUUUUUUUUCAGACAAACAUUUUCCUACAUAUUGCUGUGUUAAGUAUAUAAACGCUACAAGGACCAAAUGACUGCCCGAGUAAAGGCUAGUUUUAUUUGCCCCUCUUGAUUAUUGGCUCAACAGGGUUCUAUCUAGGGUAUUUGAGGGGUAGAAGCUCCCCCCCCGAAAUGUCCAGCUUCCCCCCCAAAAAAAUUAAUAUUGUUGUCAGUACAGUAUUAAGUAACUAUAUCGUCACUGCAGGUCACUGCACACACUGUAAUACUUCUCAAAAUUGUGUCUCAAAAUGCACCAAAUUCAUCUCAGCACAUAUUCAUUUCAAAAAUUUUGGGGAGGGGGCAUGCCCCUGGACCACCCUAGGAAGCUCGUGGCCUUCGGCCACUCGGGACUUCUCCCCUAAACGAUAAAUCCUGGAUAGAACCUUGCUCAAGAAAAUACUCAUUUUGCUCGUUAAUCUUAUUCUUAAGGUUGAGGGGCGCGCAGGAGUUACAAUUCCAAUAGACGCUUUCCUUGCUAAAUUGAAGGGACACUUAAAAGAGGUCGUCAUUCCACCGAAGUUGGCGGAAAGAAACAAUCGUGGGCCUGUUCUCUUUAAGUGUUGCCGCGUGGUUUUCAACAAACAAACUAAUAAAUUAGAACUUCCAGAAGGGGAGGAUGUUGGUACAGCUGUCACCAGACUCUUUGAAGACUAUGAAGCAGAGGAACAUAAGAAUACUAUAGUAGGUCUGAAGGAGGACGAGGAGAGCGAUUUAGCAGGUAUGAGCCCCCGGGGGUCCUCCAGAAAGGGGUACCUUUUUCAGGCUUCAGUUAUAUGAAAGGAUAGGGAUUUUACUAGUUGAAAUAUUAGAAAGGGUAGGAAAUUCUGCUAAUAGAUGCAUUUUAUGGCAGUGAAAAAUUUGAAAAAACGUUCUAGUUUUGUGAUUUCUUCAUAUUUAAACGACAGGGAGUUUGCGCCAGUUAAAAGGGUUGUCAAAAGUCUAAAUUAGGUAUGUAAAAAAGGUACCAUUUAGAGUAAACGGGUUUAUUUUUCUGCCCAAAUAGGUAUAUAAAAUGGUUAAGGGUUGGAUCUUGGGGAGGAGCCUCCCCGUAUAAAAGUACCCCCGGUUAUGAGCCCGGAUCCGCCACGUUCACGGCGUGACUGGAAGCAGUGCGUAUUAGCAGUGUCUUUCUCACUGUCCUGUUUCUGGAAAUAUUCGCUUGGCUUGCCCGGCGAGUGUUAUUAUUUGAAAAGUUCCAAUCCGCUUAGCUGUUGCCUGAAAAAACUGCCAUACCGUAAAAUUCCGAAAAUAAGCCCCGGGGGUUAUAUUUUUCUAAGGCCUCUUUUGAGGGGCUUAUCUACGAAGGGAAGUUUAUGUUUAAAAUCGAUUGGGCUAGCCUUAUAGGUGGAAGUAAAUUUACCGUUUUUGCUUUGUUUUACUUAAUAUUUGAGGGCAAUUUUCCAAGUACGAGCCCCCGGGGGGCUUAUUUUUGGAGGAGCGAUUUAACGGAGGGUUUUUUGCGUUACCGGUUUGGGGGACUUAUAUUUGAAGGGGCUUAUUUUCGGAAGUUUACUGUAACUUUGCGACGCUUCCACUGGUUUCCCCGCGAAAUGACGUUUGAGAAAACAUUAAGUAGUAACAGGUCAUCAGUGUGGAAUUCCUGUGCCCCUUCCUCAGACAUCCUUUCAUGGGGAAAUCAGUUGUAGUAUCGCGACAUGUCGGCUGUUUUCUCAGGCAAGGUUAGCUGGGGUCCCGGAAUCACGAUAUGGGGAUCCCAGUUUACCGGGCCGGCUCGGUUGUAUAUGUAAUCGUGAAGUUGAUUUUUGUUCCGUUUUGUGCCAAGAUGUCGACAAUUAACAAUUAGUUCAUACGUCAGCGUGCGUAUGUCCUGAUAUUGAGCAGGCAGGAAGUUUGGAGAGCACGAAAGAGGCGUAAGAGUUGCUCGAGGGGCAGCCGAGAGUAACUCUAGCCUCUUGAGUGCCGUCCAAACUUCCCAAGUGCUCAAUAUCUCGACAUACGCACAGCUGAAGCAUGAACUAACUGUUUUAUAACAUUAUUAAAGCGAUAAAUGCAGCAGUUAACUUGAAUUUUUGUUCUUGAAGCGCGCCCUCAAAGCAGUACACGUCAAUGUCUACGUGACUAUAUUUUUUUACCUCACAAUUAUGUUUUUGUCUUAGUGAAACUGAGAGAAAGUUUAAUCAAGUCGCUUAAGAUAACAGUGAAAAAGAUUGUAAAAUCCACAUUGAGGUGCUUCACCAAAAAAUUCUUUUUGAAAGAAAUAACUUUACAAAGAAUGAUUUGCACCCUUGCGCAGAUGUCAACAACAUCUUCACCUCUUUUCCCUACUAUCGGUUGGCAAAUGCAAAAGUUUUCUCUUAAAUUUACGUUAUAAAACACAUGGUUAACGCUUCAUUGUGUACUGUUAAGUUAUGGAUGCACUUGGGAGACGUCUUGGGAGGAUUGCUAAGCUUACAAGAACUCGCGGUAUAGUUUAUUGGCGUCAUCAGCGUGCUCGAUGGGAAUAUGAAGCACGCUCGCGCUAUUGAAUUUGAAUAGACGAAUUCUCUAGCUAUGUUAUAAAUUGAGCUAACCCAGUUCAUUUGAUCAGCCCCUAGAAAAGACAUAUUUUCGUACCUUAGAGAGGUUUGGGCCUUGCGGAUGCUGAAAGAAAAUGACAAAUAUCCAUGUUUACUCCGUGAUGGUUGAAAUUUAUCCUUGUUGAUUUAUGACAGCGAGUCUAAGUAUGAGCGAGUUUGAGUCAAGAAAGUGAUCCAAUAAUAUAAGAUACCAUAAUUAUAUACAUGUAUUUUCUUCAUGUUAGAUUUCUUUUCGGAUGAAUACGAAGAUAGCAAGAAGCUGGAGAGAAUUAAGACAUCAGUUUUGAAGCCAAGCAAGGACAGAGCAGAGAGGAAAGCGCGGAUCAACAAGUAUCUCAGCUGGGUUAGUGAGAUCAUUGUAAACAAGUUACAACUCUCUUUGUAUGUUAUACACAAAAAUCAAACUAACAAACACAAGUUACAACUCUCUUUUUAUGUUAUACACACAAAAAACUAACAAACAAUCAAACAAACAAGUUUGUGUAGUAGGGAAUUCAAGCUGUUAUUGUGGAUGUUAUUUAAUAAGUACUUCCAUAAUACAGAAUAAUCAGGGCUGUCUACGUGGCAGGUAGCACAGGUGGCCCAAGCAUAAUAUGAGAGUUUGUAUGGGAAAAAUAGAGUUUGAAACUUAGAUGAAAUUAAUGAAGUAAAAGCGAUAAAAGUUAUCAAUAAAUUAUUACCUGGAGUCGUUGUCUUUGUUUUUACGAAGUUUCAGCGCGAUUUGGUACUUUUACAUCAUCUGACCUGACAGUGUAAUAAUAAGAGACUCUUAUUAUUACACUGACGGGUCAGAUGAUGUAAAAGUACUCAAAUCGCGCUGAAAUUUGGAAAAGCAAAGACAACGACUCCAGGUAAUAAUUUAUUGAUAACUUUUAUCGCCUUUACUUCAUUUAUUUCAUCUAAGUUUCAAACUCUAUUUUUCCCAUACAAACUCUCAUAUUACGCUUGGGCCACCUGUGCAGGUAGUAUGCAUUGCAGUGCAAAAAUGAAAGCGGAUAUCGUAGAGAGUACAAGCGCCUCAUGGCCUGCGUACGUGGAACGCAGUAGCCUGAGAAAACAGCCGACAUAUCGCGACGCCACCACUGGUCUCUUCGCGAAAUGAUGUCUGAGGAACGGGCUCAGAAAUUCCAUACUUCUGACGUGUCACUAUCCAGAUCUGGGUGGUUGGCUUCUGAUUGAUUGAAGCAAAUUUUCAACCAAUCAGAAGCACGACCAAGAUCUAGGUAGUGACACGUUUUUCAUCAGUAUGAAAUCUCUGCGCUUAUUCCUCAGAUGUCAUUUCGUGGGAAACUGUUGGUAGCAUUGCGAUUCCGAAAUAUCGGCUGGGAAUGCAGACUAGAAGAAAUUUUAGCAACCGUAACAUCGCACUGAUUGCACCAUAAAGCAAUGUUUGAGAACGAACCCUUAUUCGUGGCAGUGUAUUGUUCAGUUAAGCACUUUUGCAUACGUUUUUUGUUUGAAAUAGUCCCCUGAAAUAAUUUUCAAGCCGGGAAUUUAAACUGUAAUCUUUUCUUUCGUUUAAUUAUAGUUUGAAAAAGCCUUGACACAGAAACCGAAGACCUUGUUGCUUGAGGAACCUCUUAACGAUGACGACUGCACAUUCCUUCGUAGCAUCUUUCUCAGUGCAACUCCCAAUCAACGUACAGUAGAUAUGACAGAGUUUAAAAUGGAAAAGAUUCAGGGAUAUGCAGUUAUUUUUAAGCUACUUGCAGGUGAGAUUGAGUGUAAAGGAAUUCCAGACCAUUGGACUGGGUAAGAUUUUUCUAGGGCGGUGGUGAUAUGAGCAUCCCCUUCUUACAUUACCUUAGCGAUGUGGUUAUCACUAGGGUUUUUGGAAUGGGGAUGCCCAUAUCACUGUGACAGCGGCGAAGGGCAGAAGUGAAAGUGCCUCGUACUUAAGUGGCCGAACCCAAAGAUGUAGUGUCAGUGGCAAACUAUCAUCUGCUCGUACCCUCAGUUGCGGCGUGCCGCAGGGUAGCAUAUUGGGUCCUUUGCUAUUUUUAAUUUACAUUAAUGAUCUUCCCAACUCCCUGCGGGGCGCCGUACCAAGAAUGUUUGCCGAUGACAUCAACCUUACGCCAUCUGCUAAGACGUUAACAGAGCUUAAGCUAGCUCUAACCCCUGAAUUAAAUAACCUUAGCUGUUGGCUGAAAGCUAACAAGCUUAGUCUAAAUGUUGCUAAAACAGAGCUAAUGAUUAUUGGAUCAAGAUAAAGACUAUCUGCCCAAUGUGACGAUGUAGAAAUCAGAAUUGAUGACCAAAUUAUCAAGAGAGUCGAUCAUGCCAAAUCCUUGGGUCUAACCAUAGAUGCUGAACUCUCCUGGGGUAAACACGUUGAAGAGAUUUGCAGGAAAGUCUCUUCAGCUAUAGGCGCCCUAAAACGUGUGCGGCCGUUUAUAUCCAAAGAAACUGCAAUUCAAAUUUAUAACGCCUUAAUUAAGCCUCAUUUUGAUUACUGCAGCCCCGUCUGGGACUGUUUGAGUGGUUACUUGAGUGAUAAGCUCCAAAAAUUACAGAAUCGUGCAGCCAGAGUUAUUACUAAAUCACCCUUUGAUGCAAGCUCAAACCACCUUCUCUCCACCCUCAGCUGGGAGAGGCUAUCUCUUCGACGAAAGAAACAAAAAGCCUUAAUGAUGUAUAAAACCAUGAAUGACCUUGCUCCGGAAUAUCUACAAAGUCUUUUCUCUCAGCGUCACUCUGCUUACAACUUAAGAAACUCUGAGGGAAGGCUGACCCUGUCCAAACCAAGCACCAAUUAUUUGAAACGAAGCUUCUCUUACAGCGGGGCCAUGUUAUGGAAUAACUUGCCCAAAAACUUAAAAAAUGCUGCAUCCGUUGAGCAUUUUAAGCGAAAUAUCAAGAAGGUAGCUGAUAUAUCGGAUUCCCACACGGCAAUCAUAUAAAGCAGUUGUAAUUAGUUUUAGUUUUUAACUUAAGCUUAACUGAUGAUUUCCCGUGUUUAAAUAAAGAUUUACAUACAUACAUGGGAAAAUGCAGCCUGGUGAUAAAGAGGUGUUAGGAGAAAUGUCCAAAGCUAUUUCCUGGUUGAUAUGGUUUACAGACUGUCCAACCUUUUAAGAAUAAAAAUUCGGGAGAUUCAGUUUAACCACAGCCGAAAAACGCGAGCGUCAAAGGUCUGAGCCUCUAGGGUGGGAGGUAUGGGACAUGCUUCCUCAGAAAAUUUGAAAUUUUGAUGAUUUGAAAGGCUUCUUCUGUGUUCGUAAAGGACAAAUUCUCUGUUGAAAAUAUUCGGUAAAUCGAUCGCCAUUUUUCUGUGGCUUGUUUUCUGUAACAAUUGACCAUCAAGAUAGCGGACACAAUCACAAAUCCUUUAUUAGCUUGCGUGGCUUCGCGUACAAGUACUUGCAGAUUUUGUUUUGAAUUAAUUUCUUGCGGUUAGGUUUCUUCUGUUUUCUAUAUCAGUUUUAACUGAAACUAUAAAAGUGUACUCUGUUUCGAGUUCUUGUGUAAGUAUCAUAAGAAUUGGAUGAAAAUAUCAGAACUGAUGUCAAAAUCGGGUUUCUUCCUAUUCCCGUCGUAGUUUUCAAGCAAAAUCAGGGCACUCACGAGGAGAGCAGGAUGGUUGGACAACCUGGGUUUAACGUAGCUACACUGUGUGAUUUACUAUAAACACUUUGGUGAUCUUUGGUGGUCACUUUUCAGCGCUUUCCAACUGUGACAAGUGCUGUAAAGGAUUUUAAGAGAAGAAAAGUUGAAGUUGUGUCUACCGAUACAACAACUAAAAGACUAAGGAACACAAAACCCGUUGUUUCAUUAAAUAAUAAAAAUUUUCCAUGCUAUUGGCUUUUCACGUUAACUAUUUAAUAUUUAAUUCUUUUUGAAAAUUAGGUUUGUCUGACACGGACUGGAAUGAAGUCGAAAAGGCCUGGGCUGAGUGA